AAAGGUGAAGGAUGCAAAUGAGCUGCUGGAGGAAGGUCACAAGAGGAGGAGGAGGAAGACACGGAGGUAAACAAACCAGCAUGGCGGAGGGUGAGAAGGAUACCACCACAUUUAAGGACUUGGGUGUGGUGGAGGAGCUGUGUGUGGCGUGUGAGCGGCUCGGGUGGAAGACGCCCUCUGCCAUCCAGCGCGAGGCUAUACCACUGGCACUGCAGGACAAGGAUGUGAUUGGCCUGGCGGAGACUGGUUCAGGGAAGACUGGUGCGUUUGGUCUGCCGCUGCUGCAGGCGCUGAUUGCCCGACCCCAGAGGCUGUUUGGAUUGGUGUUGACGCCUACCAGAGAGUUGGCAUACCAGAUUAAGGAGCAGUUUGAUGCCUUGGGCCGUGCGGUGGGGGUGACGUGCGUGGUGGUGGUGGGAGGCAUGGACAUCACACAGCAGGCGGUGGAGCUGGCCAAGCGUCCGCACCUCAUCGUGGCCACCCCGGGCCGCCUCGUGGACCACCUGCAGAAGACUAAGGGGUUUAACCUGAAGGCACUCAAGUAUCUGGUGAUGGACGAGGCAGAUCGCAUCCUGAACCUGGACUUCGAGGAGGAGGUGGACAAGAUACUGAAGGAACUGCCCAGGGAGAGGAGGACCAUGCUCUUCUCUGCCACCAUGACCAGCAAGGUGAACAAGCUGCAGCGGGCCCACCUGAAGGAUCCGGUGAAGGUGGAGGUGUCGUCCAAGUACCAGACGGUCUCCAAACUGAAGCAGUACAUGUUGUUUGUACCAUGCAAACACAAGCACCUGUACCUGGUCCACAUUCUGAACGAGAUAGGGAACAAAGCGGUGAUCAUCUUCUGUGCCACCCAGCUGUCCACGCUCCGCACCGCACUCAUGCUCAGAAACCUCGGCUUCACCGCCAUCCCUCUCUACGGCAAGAUGACGCAGAACAAGAGACUCGGCGCCCUUAGCAAGUUCAAGGCCAAGGAAAGGUCGAUCUUGUUGGCCACUGAUGUUGCUUCCAGAGGCCUGGACAUCCCUGCGGUGGACUACGUGAUAAAUUUUGACGUUCCGAUGCACAGCAAGAACUACAUUCACAGGGUUGGCCGCACUGCUCGGGCCGGCAAGGCGGGGGUGGCCAUCACACUGGUGUCCCAGUACGAGGUGGAGGUGUACCAGCGCAUUGAGGAGCUGCUCAACACCCGCCUGGAGGUGUACCCGGCUGUCAAGGAGGAGGUGAUGGUGCUGGAGGAGAGAGUGGCCGAGGCAGAGAGAUUCGCUAAGCUUGAGAUGGCCAGGCUGGACGAGAAGGGGGGGAGGAGAGGGAAGAAGAGGGGACCUGAUGAUGAUGAUGAAGAGGAGAGCCUGGGAAUAAGGAACCGCAUUAAGAACAAGAACAACAAAAACAACAACAAAAAGAAGUUUAAAGGGAGGAAAUAAUGAUAAAGGGGAAUAAGGAAGAGGAGAUAAUUAUUUGUUUAUUUAUUUAUUUUUUUCUGGUUCUUUGGUCCAAUAAAGUUUUAAUGAUGAGUUUUCAAA